AUGGCCGUGGUCACGCCCGCGACCGGCUGGAAACCGUCCUGCAUUUUGAUCAAAUUUAACCACCAUACACUCAAACUGUUCUACGGUUAUCUUGAUCGUGUACACGACGGCUCCGCGCUGGACGAUGUGAUUGUCAUACUGGGCUCCAAUGUCGCGAAUGGCAAGCAAACUGGCCCUGGCACCGCCCGGGCACUGGAAAAAAAAAAGAAGUCCAAUGGGGCCAGUGUGCGCAUGGAACAGGUUGAGGACUUCGGCAUCCCGAAGAGGAGGUCGAGGAUGCCGUUCGAUGGUACCGGCAUUGGCUCAGCCGAAGAUGAAGACCCCAACGACAUGCAGUUCCUGCCCAUUGGCGCUCUCUCCGGACGCCUCCAUCACUGGUUGCCGUCGUGCAUGGGAUUCUGGGUGGGCUUCCCGCUAUCGGCAAUUGCAGACACAUGCUGA